GCAGUUGUAGUUUCUUUUUCUUCCUGUAGAUGGCAGAGUUUCCUCUGGAGCCAAUGCUCUGCAAAAUGCUCAUCAUGUCUGUACAUCUGGGCUGUAGUGAAGAGAUGCUGACUAUCGUGUCCAUGUUGUCUGUGCAGAAUGUCUUCUACCGACCCAAGGAUAAACAGGCCCUUGCAGAUCAGAAGAAGGCCAAAUUCCACCAGACAGAAGGGGACCAUCUUACCUUGCUGGCUGUGUACAACUCCUGGAAGAACAAUAAAUUCUCCAACCCAUGGUGCUAUGAGAAUUUUAUCCAGGCUCGUUCCCUACGCCGGGCCCAGGACAUUCGCAAGCAGAUGUUAGGCAUAAUGGACAGGCACAAGCUGGAUGUAGUCUCCUGUGGUAAGUCCACAGUCCGAGUGCAGAAGGCCAUCUGCAGUGGCUUCUUCCGGAAUGCUGCCAAGAAGGACCCGCAGGAGGGCUACCGAACACUAAUUGACCAGCAGGUGGUCUACAUCCAUCCUUCCAGUGCGCUCUUCAACAGACAGCCAGAAUGGUAGGUGGCAUGUCCUGGCAGAGAGGACU